AUGAUUGUUGCUUUUGAACAGUUUAGUAAAGAUUCUAGACUUGCGAUGCUUGUUGUUUUAGCUCCUGGCAUCUGUGACUCUUCCCCAUGCUUGAACAAUGGCACAUGUGUAGAUAAUGAGAAUGGUACUUUUAUAUGCAUAUGUGAAGCGAGUUAUACGGGUACAAAUUGUUCAGUUUUAGCUCCUGGCAUCUGUGACUCUUCCCCAUGUUUGAACAAUGGCACAUGUGUUGAUAAUGGGAAUGGUACUUUUACAUGCAUAUGUGAAGCGAGUUAUACGGGUACAAAUUGUUCAGUUUUAGCUCCUGGCAUCUGUGACUCUUCCCCAUGCUUGAACAAUGGCACAUGUGUAGAUAAUGAGAAUGGUACUUUUACAUGCAUAUGUGAAGCGAGUUAUACGGGUACAAAUUGUUCAGUUUUAGCUCCUGGCAUCUGUGACUCUUCCCCAUGCUUGAACAAUGGCACAUGUGUAGAUAAUAAGAAUGGUACUUUUACAUGCAUAUGUGAAGCGAGUUAUACGGGUACAAAUUGUUCAGUUUUAGCUCCUGGCAUCUGUGACUCUUCCCCAUGCUUGAACAAUGGCACAUGUGUAGAUAAUGAGAAUGGUACUUUUACAUGCAUAUGUGAAGCGAGUUAUACGGGUACAAAUUGUUCAGUUUUAGCUCCUGGCAUCUGUGACUCUUCCCCAUGUUUGAACAAUGGCACAUGUGUUGAUAAUGGGAAUGGUACUUUUACAUGCAUAUGUGAAGCGAGUUAUACGGGUACAAAUUGUUCAGUUUUAGCUUCUGGUAUCUGCGACUCUUCCCCGUGUUUGAACAAUGGCACAUGUGUUGAUAAUGAGAAUGGUACUUUUACAUGCAUAUGUGAUUCUUGUUAUACCGGUAGAAAUUGUUCAGAAGCAGUUGGACCUUGUCCACCUGCAUGGGAGCUGUUCGAGGGUAGCUGCUACUUUUUUAGUUCAGAACCGAAGAACUGGACAGAUGCUGCUAAUGACUGCUUUGCAAAGGAUGGAUACCUUGUGGAGGUGGAGAGUGCUCCUGAAGAUUCCUUUACUUACUACAAUGGUGACAAUAGUUGGAUUGGACUGAAUGACAUAAAAAAAGAAGGCUUUUAUUAUUGGUCUACAAAUAGAAGCCUAGGGCCUUUCAACUUUUUCUACACUUACACGGAAAUUGACACUUACAAUUACACUUACAAUACUGUUGAUUAUGACUGUGUUAGUCUCAGUUAUUAUUGGGUUUUCACUGAUUGCAAAAGAAGUCUUCCCUACAUUUGCGAAAAGGAAAUCAGUUCCUGCUAAUUGACCGAGAGAGGUGUGUGCUGGGAGGAUUUCAGCCGGAAAACUUGACUUGGAAUAGUUUGAUAUUGUCUCAAUGAACCACAUGACAUUAUGUGAAACCUUUUCUUGGAUUGAAACCUUUUCACAUUAUGCAAGUGGAUUGAACCUCAAUGGGAUUGAAACAUUUUCUUACAUUAUGUCAGUGGGUUGAAACUUUUUCUUACAUUAUGUCAGUGGGUUGAAACUUUUUCUUACAUUAUGUCGGUCGAUGCAUACAUAUUUUUAAAUUUUGUCAGUUGGUUGCAAACCUGUUCAUUGAAAUUCUCUACAUAUACUGGUAUAUUGAACUUGAAAAACAUUUAUUCAGAGGCUUGUUUCAGAUUCUCAAUAAUAAAAUCAUUUCAG